AUGGAUGAAACUUUAAUUGCCACUAUCAAUAAAUUACAAGAUGCUUUGGCUCCUUUAGGUGGUGGAUCAUCAUCUCCUGUUGAUUUGCCUCAAAUUACAGUUGUUGGUAGUCAAUCUUCUGGGAAAUCUUCAGUUUUAGAGAAUAUUGUUGGUAGAGAUUUUUUACCAAGGGGUACUGGUAUAGUUACCAGAAGACCUUUAGUUUUACAAUUGAUUAAUAGAAGAGCAAGUGAUAAGAAAAAUGAUUUAUUAGAUAUUAAUACCUCUUCUCAUGGUGGUCAAACAGAAAAUAAUCAAGAUGAAUGGGGUGAAUUUUUACAUGUACCUGGUAAAAAAUUUUAUAAUUUUGAAGAUAUUAGAAAUGAAAUUGUUAGAGAAACAGAUGCAAAAACUGGUAAAAAUUUAGGUAUAUCACCAGUUCCAAUAAAUUUAAGAAUUUAUUCACCACAUGUUUUAACUUUAACAUUGGUUGAUUUACCAGGGUUAACUAAAGUUCCAGUUGGUGAUCAACCAAAAGAUAUUGAAAAACAAAUUAGAGAUAUGAUUAUGAAAUUUAUUUCAAAACCAAAUGCCAUUAUAUUAUCGGUUAAUGCUGCUAAUACUGAUUUAGCAAAUUCUGAUGGUUUGAAAUUAGCAAGAGAAGUUGAUCCUGAAGGUUCAAGAACAAUUGGUGUUUUAACUAAAGUUGAUUUAAUGGAUCAAGGUACUGAUGUUAUUGAUAUUUUAGCUGGUAGGGUUAUUCCAUUAAGAUUUGGUUAUGUACCAGUUAUAAAUAGAGGUCAAAAAGAUAUUGAAUCAAAAAAAACUAUUAGAGAUGCAUUAAAAGAUGAAAAAGCAUUUUUUGAAUCUCAUAGUAGUUAUAGAGCUAAAGCUCAAUAUUGUGGUACUCCAUAUUUGGCCAAAAAAUUGAAUGGUAUUUUAUUAGCACAUAUUAAAGGAACUUUACCUGAUAUUAAAAUGAGAAUUGAACAUUCACUUAAGAAAUAUCAACAAGAAUUGAGCUUAUUAGGUCCUGAAAUGAGUGAAAGUCCAACAUCAAUUGCUUUAAAUAUGAUUACAAAUUUUACAAAAGAUUAUACUGGUAUUCUAGAUGGUGAAGCUAAAGAAUUAACAUCACAAGAAUUAUCAGGUGGUGCUAGAAUUUCAUUUGUUUUCCAUGAAAUUUAUAAAAAUGGUAUUAAUGCAUUAGAUCCAUUUGAUCAAAUUAGAGAUGGUGAUAUUAGAACAAUUAUGCAUAAUACUUCAGGUGCAGCACCUUCAUUAUUUGUUGGUACGCAAGCUUUUGAAGUUUUAGUCAAACAACAAAUUAGAAGAAUGGAAGAACCAAGUAUUAGGUGUAUAAAUUUAAUAUUUGAUGAAUUGGUUAGAAUCUUAUCACAAAUUAUAUCUCAACCACAAUAUUCAAGAUACCCAGGAUUAAAAGAACAAUUAAGUCAACAUUUUAUUCAAUAUUUAAGAGAAGCUUUAAUUCCAACUAAUAAUUUCGUAACUGAUAUUAUAAAAUCUGAAGAAACUUAUGUAAAUACAGCACAUCCAGAUUUAUUAAAAGGUUCUCAAGCUAUGGCUAUAGUUGAAGAUAAAUUCCAUCCAAAACAAGUACAAUUAGAUCCAAAAACUGGUAAACCAAUACCACAAACAGCAUCACCAAAACCAUCACAAACAGCAACAACAACAACAACAACAUCUCAAGAAGAUUCAAAUGGAUUUUUUGGAGGGUUUUUUUCAUCUAAAAAUAAGAAAAGAUUACAACAAAUGGAAGCUCCACCACCAGUUUUAAGAGCAACAGGUACAAUGACAGAAAGAGAAACUAUGGAAACCGAAGUUAUUAAGUUAUUAAUUAGUUCAUAUUAUAAUAUUGUUAAAAGAACUGUUGCAGAUGUAGUACCAAAAGCAAUUAUGUUAAAAUUAAUAAAUAAAUCAAAAGAUGAUAUUCAAAAAGAAUUAUUAGAAAAGAUGUAUAAUAAUCCUGAUUUAGGUGAUUUAGUUAAAGAAAAUGAAUUAACAGUACAAAAAAGAAAAGAAUGUAUUAGAAUGGUUGAAGUAUUAAGAAAUGCAAGUGAAAUUGUAUCAAGUGUUUAG